CGACUCUUCCAAAGGCAAAAAAGAAACACCAUCAAACCCCCGCACUCCCUUUUCAAAACCAUCUCUCUCUCUCCGCCCCUCUCUGGUUUGUCUAAGAACACCGUGUUUAGGGGCGUCGUCAGGAAAUCAAAUACCGAUAUCUCUGCAGCUGCCUGCUGAAUGGAAGCCAUUAGAAAGCAGGCCACGAGGCUUCGAGAGCAGGUUGCUAAGCAACAACAGGCUGUUCUGAAGCAGUUUGGUGCGAGUGGAUAUGGAGGUUCAGACGGUUUAGUUACUGAUGAGGCUGAAUUUCAUCAGCAUCAGAGGCUCGAGAAGCUUUACAUAUCGACUCGUGCUGGCAAGCUGUGUUCUAUAGGAACAAAGUUAUCAGAGGAUAGUCGGAAGUAUGGCUCUGAAAAUACUUGUACUAGUGGCAACACAUUAUCAAAGGCUGCGCUCAAUUAUGGGCGUGCUCGUGCUCAGAUGGAGAAGGAGCGGGGGAAUUUGUUGAAAGCUCUUGGUACACAGGUCGCAGAGCCACUUAGGGCGAUGGUGAUGGGAGCUCCUCUGGAAGAUGCCCGACAUCUUGCUCAACGUUAUGACAGAAUGAGACAAGAAACUGAAGCGCAGGCCAUUGAAGUUUCUAAACGGCAGGCAAGAGCAAGGGAAAUGCCAGGUCAUCCUGAGGUUUCCAUGAAAUGGGAAGCUGCAGAGUCGAAGCUUCAAGAUCUCAAGGCUAACAUGGAUAUUCUGGGGAAGGAAGCAACUGCAGCAAUGGCAGCUGUUGAAGCUCAACAACAGAGGUUGACUCUCCAACGGCUUAUAUCUAUGGUUGAGUCAGAAAGAACUUAUCACCAAAGAGUUCUUCAAAUACUCGAUCAGCUCGAAACUGAGAUGAUAUCAGAACGACAAAGGAUUGAAGCACCUCCACCACCCGUCGAGAACAACAACAUGCCCCCACCACCUCCAUACGAAGAAGUCAAUGGUGUUUAUGCCUCUCAAACACAAAAUGGCUCAACAGAUAGUAUGGGAUAUUUCUUAGGGGAGGUUAUGCAUCCUUACAAUGCCGAAACUAGCGUUGAGCUUUCCCUCUCAGUCGGUGACUAUGUUGUCGUCAGAAAGGUGACGAAUAAUGGGUGGGCGGAAGGGGAAUGCAAAGGGAAAGCAGUCGGCAGAGGUGCCGUCUUUAUUGACGCUUUGCUUAUAGGAGGUUUUCAGAAUUCAGAGGAUCUGGGUGAAGGACGGGAGAUAUUUGGUGAGUUCGGCAGAAUGGGGCAUGUAGUUCGUCCUUUGGAUAAGUUGAGUUGGUUACCUGAACAACAAGCCGGCUGCGGUUUUGGUUUGUGCCAUCCCCCAACAGCAAAGGCUUCAUUGCUCCAUCUGAAUAGUUCCCUGAAGUUUGAUCACAUAAUCCAGCAUCAGCUAUGUGUUCGCCCAAAGGAAUAUCUUAGGGCAGAGAGAAGUUUGACAUCCAGGAUAAUGCAUGAAAGUGCUCUCAUUGAUGAAGUUGAUGACAACGAAUGGGAAUCUGGUUUGGAGCCCAUUGAUCAGAGCUCCACGGAGCAUGAUGAGAUUAGGAAGAAGGAUAUGUCUCUGCAAUCUUCUUCAAGUGAUGGACGGAUAGUUGAGAAUGAACAGGAAACCAAUAACGAAAUCCUUCACAACCUGUGCAGCAGAGGUAGGUUACUCGACGCAGCAAAGCUAAUAGAUACCAUGGCACGGAGAAGCCAGAUUCCAGGGUAUACAUGCUGCACAAACCUAAUAAGAGGUCUUAUUAGAAUGGACCGGAUGGAUAAAGCUGUCAAAGUUCUCAAAAUCAUGGUGUUGUCAGGUGGUGUGCCAGAUGUUAUCACAUACAAUAUGAUGGUUGGUGGGUUUUGUAAGAGAGGGCAUGUGAAUUCUGCUGUCGAUCUUCUGGAUGAUAUGAGCCUGAGUGGUUGUCCUCCUGAUGUAAUUACUUACAACACGAUAAUACGGGCAAUGUUUGAGAGAGGGAAUUUUGAACUAGCUAUCAAGUUUUGGAAAGUGCAAGUAAGGCGGGGUUGCCCUCCAUACUUGAUAACCUACACAGUACUCAUAGAACUUGUCUGCAAGCAUUGUGGGGCUGUUCGGGCUGUGGAGGUAUUGGAAGAUAUGGCAAAUGAAGGCUGCUUUCCUGAUCUGGUUACAUACAACUCAUUAGUCAAUCUCACAUGCAAACAGGGGAAGUUUGAAGAUGCAGCUUUAGUCUUAAGUAACAUUCUAUCACAUGGAAUGGAACCAAAUGCAGUGACUUACAACACACUCAUCCAUUCUCUUUCUAGCUGUGGCUACUGGGAUGAAGCUGAUGAGAUCCUUGCACUUAUGAAAAUAAGUCCUUAUAGUCCUACUGUGGUUACAUACAAUAUCUUAAUCAAUGGUCUCUGCAAAUGUGGUGAUCUUGUUCGAGCCAUUGACUUCUUCAACCAGAUGGUUGACCAAAAUUGUUCGCCCGACAUUAUAACGUAUAACACUCUCUUUGCUGCUUUUUGUAGAGAAGGAAUGGUAGAUGAGGCCCUUGAACUAUUCGGCAUUUUAGAUGGUAGUGACUGUCCACCUGGGUUGAUAACUUACAACACUCUAAUAGACGGACUUGGUCGAAGGGGCUAUGUGGAGAAAGCAUUGGGAUUGUACAGUCGGAUGCUGGAAAAUGGGAUAAAGCCUGAUGGCAUCACCCAUCGUUCUCUAGUUUGGGCGUUUUGCUGGGCGGGUCAAGUUGAGGAAGCAGUAGUGAUAUUGAGGGAGAUGGUGAAAAGGGAUCAUCGUAUCAAUGGUAGUGCUUUCAAAUUAGUGGUCCAAGGAUUAUGCAGAAAGCAACAUGUGGACACGGCAAUUGAAGUUCUGGAGCUUAUGAUCUCUGGGAGAUACAAGCCAGAUGAGGAUGCUUAUUCUGCUGUGAUUAAAGGUGUUGCGGAUUAUGGUAUGAUUAAUGAAGCUGAUGAGUUGCAUAAGAAGCUCAUAGAAAUGGGCAUUUUGAGACAACAGUCCCAUUGA